AGAGAUGUCAAUUAAUGUUCAUUCCCGUAUUAUUCCUCACAGGGCUACUUACCGUAACAUGCUAUUCUGCAAAUGAGGCUGCCAUUGAAGAGGCAUCGCUCACCACAGAAAGAGGACACGCCGAAGAACACGGAACAGAAGAAGAUGACCAGAGUGCUAUUGAAAAUGAUGUUUGUGUUGAGGACAAGUGCAGUGGAUUGAUGCCAUGCUCCGAUUUCAACAACUGUGAUCCGCAGGACUACGCGUACGAGGAUGAUGAUGCCAGCAGCACCGGUGAGAUGUACGUUAUUGACUAUGACACCGAUGAGCUUUUCAACGGUGAUGCAGAGUUCGAUAUGAACGGAUUUAUGAGUGAGAUUAGAAGCUUCCCAUUCAAAACGAUUGCGGCUGAAAGAAAAAGGAAAGAGGAGAGCACAUCGGAAUUGGAUUCGAAGCAGAAUGAUGAGGCUAAGAAGGAUGAGGAUGAGAAUGUUGAGGAUGAGAAGGAUGUUGAACCCAAGAAUGUUGAGGAUGAGAAGGAUGUUGAACCCAAGAAGGAUGAGGAUGAGAAGAACGACGUUGAACCCAAGAAUGAUGAAGAUGAGAAGGAUGUUGAACCCAAGAAGGAUGAAGAUGAGAAGAACGACGUUGAACCCAAGAAGGAUGAAGAUGAGAAGAACGACGUUGAACCCAAGAAUGAUGAGGAUGCCGCUGCAUCAGAAAAGGCGCAAGAAAGCGAUUCUCAGCUCGAAAAAGUACAGGAAUUGGAGAAGAAGCCAGAGACAACGAUCGAAUCUGGCGAGCUACAGUCUGCAGAUGAGACCAAGCCGAUGCCCAAGCAUGACGACGAACCAGCAUCUACGGAGCAAUCUAAAGCAGUUUCUGAAGAAAGCCCUGAACUCGAAGCAAACCCAGCACCUGAAACACAGGAGAAACAUUUGGAUAGGCACGCAGUUCCAAAUGCCGAAUCCUUGGCAUCAGGUGGUGAUAACGUUGUGCGAUCUAAUCCUGCGGUCUCUGAAGAGGCUGUUCCUGCCAAUGCCGAAAAUGCAAAACUGGUCAUCACGCCCAAACUUGAGAACGAAGUAGAAAUGGCGCUUUAUUACGGUUCAGAGGACAUAAAAGAGUUCUGUGAACGACUUGCAAAGAAGGACAGAAAAUACGCCGAGAAAGCACGAGCACUGUUAAACACUUUUUUGAAGGGGUUGGAGGCGCUGGAAAGUGAGGCAGUGCAAAAUGUUGUGUAAUUUGUGCCAUUUAAAUAAAAAGUUUUUCGUAA